AUGCAGCUGCUAGGACCGACUACUGUCAGCACCUCGCCACGUCUGCCGCCUCUGAUGCGUCGCACUCGCAUCGUGUGUAUAUCGGACACGCACAACAGCAGGGUGAAGCUUCCCAAGGGAGACGUUCUGAUCCACGCGGGCGACUUGACGAACCAGGGCAGCUAUUCUGAGAUCACGCGGGCUGUUGCCUGGCUCGAAGAGGCACCUUUCGAAUGCAAGAUUGUCGUUGCAGGAAAUCAUGACAUCACCUUGGACCGGGCGUUUUACGCACAACACAACAGGCGUUUUCACAACCAGUCGCCACAGCCAACAGACGAGUGUCUGGCCCUCCUGACAGCAAGCCCCAGCAUCACGUACCUGAGCCACGGAUCCGCCUCGGUUUUCCUGAAGGCUGCAGGGGGGCCACACACACAGUUCACCGUUUUUGGCUCUCCAUACAGCCCUCGGGACGGUACGAGUUCCUGGGCCUUCCAAUACGACCGCAUGGGCACUAGCAUGUCCGGAUCAUCGCUCUCUUUCCCGGCUGGGCCCGGCACUGUCCCGUAUGCGGAUGAUUCGGCUGCAGCUGUAGGGGUGUGGUCUGCCAUUCCUGCUACUGCCGACAUUGUGGUCACGCACACGCCUCCGUUCGGACACUGUGACUGGUCUACAGCACGGGACCGGGCGAUGGGCUGCGAGGGCCUCCGUCGGGCGCUAUGGCAGACACGGCCGCGGUUGGUCGUAUGCGGACACGUCCACGAAGGGCGAGGCGUCGAGCGGGUUCGGUGGUCAUCGGAGGGCGAGCAGGGAUCAGCGGACGGGGCCGGUGGCGAAGUGGCGGUCGACAGCUGGCAGGAUCCAGGCAGAGACGGUGGGAAGCUAUCUAUCGUCGACCUGACGACACGUGGAACCAGGCACAGCCUCGACGACGGAACAGCUGGGCAGGCAAGCGAGGGGAGAUGGACACAGGCCGGGGAUGGAAAGGGCCGACGAGAGAGCUGCAUCGUGAACUGUGCGAUCACGGCGACUAACUACCCGCACGUUGGAGGCAAGCGAUUGAACAAGCCGGUUGUAGUGGACCUCGACUUGCCGGUGUGGGAGGAGCCGGGGUGA